CGCUACGAAGCCAGUGCAUUUGUAAGUGGUGUGUGUCCUUCGUUCUCUUCUCUAGAAAUCCUCGAUUUCGCGCAACAUGCAGAAAGUCGUGCUUUUUGUAUUCAUUUUGUGCGGUAUUGACUCCAUCUUUGCAGUGACCCAUUCCCUGUGGAAUGUCUACAGCGGCACGUCAGGGAUACCGAACUUCCCAGAGUUUGUGGCUGUUGGGCUGGUGGAUGAAGAGCCUUUUGUUUACUAUGACAGUAUCAUACGCAGAGAGACUCCACGAAAGGAGUGGAUUGAAAAAUCUGAAGGGCAGGAGUACUGGGACAGGGAAACUCAGAUCCUUAUGGGCCAUGAGCAGAAUUUCAAAAACAACAUAGAAAUUGUAAAGAAGCGUUUCAACCAAACCGGAGGUAAGUGCUGCAUGUUUACGAUCAGUAAACAUGUAAAUUAGUAAAUCUCAAAUCAU